AAGGAAGGCCCAUCCAUCUAAGCUCCUUUUAAAUUGAGUCUUUGCAGCCUCAUCAAAAUCAAAAUCUCAGUGACUUCAGUGGGUGUAUUACCUUUUUAUCCUUGUUUCAUUCCCUCCUCAAUUUCCCGAGAACCAAACAGGACAAUUUUCUUUUUUGCCAAUGGCAUCUCCAAGCAAAGAAGUGGCAAAGGAGAUCCCUACUUAUAUUCGUCUCUACACGGAUGGAUCAGUGGAACGUCCCAGAGAAUCACCAUACGUUCCACCAUCACCAACCCCAGAUCCAGUCACCGGUGUGACAUCAAAGGACAUAACCAUCUCUGAAAACCCCAAAAUCUCUGCCCGUCUCUUCCUCCCAAAGCUCGAACAACAAUCCCAGAAACUCCCCAUCUUAGUCCACUUUCACGGUGGUGGGUUUUUCUUCGAAUCGGCGUUUUCAUUCCUGUACAAUCGGUUCCUCAAUCUCCUAGUCUCUGAAGCCAAGGUUGUUGCGGUCUCUGUGGAGUACAGACUAGCACCGGAGCACCCACUACCGGCAGCAUAUGACGACUGCUGGGCUGCUCUUAAUUGGGUCGCCUCUCACUCUUCAACAACAGAAGCCGACCCAAAUAGAGAUUCAUGGUUGUUGGAUUAUGGUGAUUUUGAUAAGAUUUACAUUGGAGGUGAUAGUGCUGGUGCCAAUUUAACAUAUAACAUAGCUAUGAGAGCAGGAUCUGAGAAUCUGGAAAACAAUGUCAAAAUCUUGGGUGCUUUUAUUGUUCAUCCUUAUUUUUGGAGCUCAAAACCAAUUGGGUCGGAACCAAAACCAAUGGUUGGUCAUGAUAAGGCCCUGGCUGAAUUGGUUUGGGACUUUAUAUACCCAUCAGCAGCUGGAGGUAUUGAUAAUCCGAUGAUUAAUCCGGUGGGUCCUGGGGGGCCGAGCUUGGCCACGCUUGGGUGUGGAAGGCUGCUUGUCUGUGUUGCUGAGAAAGAUAAGUUGAAAGAAAGAGGUGUUUGGUUCUGUGUUUUGGUGAAGGAGAGUGGGUGGAGAGGCGAAUUGGAAUUGUAUGAAUCUGAAGGAGAGGAACAUGUCUUUCAUAUAUUGACUUCUGGAACCACAAGCGUGAAGGAUAUGAUCAAACGCUUGGCUUCUUUUCUCAAGUAGGAUUUUUUUUUUUGUUUGAAUCAAAACAGGAGCUCCACCAAUAAUAAAAUUUUCUUUUUGUUGUUCCAUAUUUUAUCUUGUCAUGAAUGAUUGCUUUUGGUGAUUUUGAGAUGCAAUUAUGUUUCCUAUGCUUA